ACUUCAGACAUUUGGUCAAUUGAAUAUUUAAUUUUCUAUUAUUAGAGAAAAUAUAGUUUGUUUAUUUAUAGCAAACAAUAUAAUGGCCAUACUUCACAGAGCACUGUUUACGUGGUUUAUAUUUUUAGUGUUCUUGAUACUACUGUGCCUGAGAUUAGAGUCAAGAACACACUGGAACUGGUUCAUAGUAUUCAUACCGAUGUGGGUCUAUGAUAGCAUUCUUCUUAUAUAUGUUUUGUUUCAUAUGAUAUCUCACUGCCGUAACGGUAUUGAAAGAUUUAGAGGUACAAUCAAUAAACAUGUGUGGUACAUAGCAGCAAUUGGACUUAAAAUGGCAGCGCAGAUCAUAAUCUGUAUCAAACUGGAGUAUACAAAAGGAAGUCUUCCAAUUUACGUCGUCAUGACUCCAAUUUGGAUGUUGUUACCUGUAUUGAGUGUAGAAGUUUUCAUGCAUUUAAUAAAACAUUCUAGUGGGAGUAGUAGAUACUAACAACAGU